CUGAGGAAGCUGCGGCCAGAUAGGCGGUGAGGCCACUCUGCUCCCCACCGUCCUCCUGCUGCCUAACGGCUGCUGAGCCUGUGCUCGGCAGAGCGUCUGGUGGGGCAGAGGGGCUGGCCUGAGCUUUCUGUCCUCUGGGGAUGUUGGGGCAAGCUGUCACCCUCGCACUCCUCCUGCUCCUCAAGGUGUCUCAGGCCCAAGAAUGCCCAGGUUCAACCAACCAUGCAUUUGGCCUCUCAGGAGUGUCUCUCCAGUUAUGGCCCAACACCCCACAGACAAAGAUGGACUCUGUUGAAUGGAAGGUGAAGCUGACCUCACAUUCAGCAUAUCAGAAUAUACUGAAGUGGGAGAAUGGGUCCAAUUUGAAAUAUGAAUCUUGGACUUUGAAUAAUAUCAGCAAUAAAUACAGCUUUAUAAUUGAGACCUUGACUCUUCUAAUCAACGCAGCUGAGCAGAAGGAUAGUGGCCUCUACUGCCUGGAGGUCACCAAUAAGUCUGGAAAAGUUUGGAGAGCCAAGUUCAAGGUUCAUGUAUUUGAUGAAGUUGAGAAACCCCUCCUGUGGGGGCAGGGGAAGGUCCUGGACAGAGGGAAGUGCCAAGUGUCUCUGUCCUGCUUGGUCUCCAGGGAUAGCAAUGUGAGCUAUGCUUGGUACAGAGGGAGUGAGCUGAUCAAUAUGACAAGGAACCUCACCAUCCUGGAGAAGACUGGUGCUGAUGGCACGUACAUAUACACCUGCAAUGUCAGCAACCCUGUCAGUUGGAAAAUCCAAACCCUUAACCUCACUCAGGGCUGUCAGAAUGCCCCGGAAUUCAGAUUUUGGACCUUUUUGGUGACCAUUGUGAUUCUAAUCACACUGCUCCUUGGCACCCUCGCCAGCUUCUGUGUGUGGAAGAGGAAGAGGAAGCAGCCAGAGACCAGCCCUGAGGAAUUUCUGACAAUUUAUGAAGAUGUCAAGGACCUGCAGACUAGGAGAAAUCAAGAGCAGAAGCCAAAGCAGAAUUUUCCUGGAGAAGAGACUACCAUCUACUCUACGGUCCAGUCCCAGUCUUCUGCUUCCACAUCACAAGAAACUGCAAAUACGUUAUAUUCAUUAAUACAGCCUUCCAGGAAGAAGUAGCUUCACAGCAGAAGAGGCCUCUUGGCAACCAUAUUCUAUUUAAGUCCCGAAUCCUGAGAGCGCUCCCACAGUGCACACUAGAGGGGGCCCAGGCAGCUGGGGGCUGAAGAUGAAGCCGCUGGGUAUUAGACACUGUGUCGGGUUCCCUGGGUCUUCAGGCCAGACCCUUCAACAAGGCUGUGGGGAGCAGGGCUGAGACUGGCUGAGCCCAGGAAAGGACAAAGGUGAACUGGGAGAGGGGCUUACUCAGAGACCCCAGUAGGUGACAGCGCACUGAGCCUGGAUCUUCAAGUGCCCCACCCUGUAUUUUACAUAUGAGUUUAAUAUAAAUUCUGCAGUGUUAUGCAGAGGUAGUCUAAAUCCCUUGCCUGAACUAAAUUUAUGUAUCUUCUCCAUAUUCUAACAGCCAUGAUCAGAGCCAGGCUGUUAAAUAAUCCCAUCCAAUCUACAGAUCGGACAAGAACAGGUGGAAAGCUUGGGUCAUUCACAAAAGACCAAAGGGCCCUUGUGGGCCAACAUAAACACGUGUCUGUUUCAAUUCUGCUUCAUAGGGGUCUGGUUUCCUGGUGAGCUAUCAGUGUCCCCCAGCUUUGUUCACAAUGUGACAUCAGAGAGCUGAGGGGUAGCCGAGGGGUGCACUUGCCCGUACCCUGCUUGAUAUCUCCACCUUGGAGACUGUGCAGCUGGCCAGGCUGGCUUCUUCCUGGAAAGAGUGUGAACAGACCGCAUCUUAAAGCAAGUGCCAAGCUUUAAAACCAGGGAAAUGUAUUCCAAAGGAGUCUGGAGGCCUGAGGCAGGUAUUGGGAGCUGAGUGGCAGAGUCAAGAAGUUUGGUGAGCAGAGGCAAUAGGAAAUGACUGGGGUCAGAAACAGUCCAGAUGGACCAGAUGGGUUCACACCUGAAUUUUACCAUACCUACAAAGAAGAACUGGUGCCCAUCCUACAUAAACUAU